AUGGCAUCUCUAUCUUCACAACCAUCAAAGAAGGCAAUGAGAAGCCCUGGAGGUUCUAGCAAUUCACAGAGUAAUCGCGGUUCGAGUGGCCAAACUGUCAAGUUUGCCAGGAGAACAUCAAGUGGUAGAUAUGUGAGCUUAUCAAGAGAAGACCUUGACAUGUCAGGGGAGAUGUCCGGCGACUACACCAACUACACCGUCCACAUUCCUCCUACGCCGGAUAAUCAACCGAUGGACUCGUCCGUGGCAGUGAAGGCUGAGGAACAAUAUGUUUCAAAUUCUCUGUUUACAGGCGGAUUCAAUAGUGUUACAAGAGCACAUUUGAUGGACAAAGUGAUAGAUUCAGAGGUGACACAUCCUCAAAUGGCCGGAGCGAAAGGCUCUUCAUGUUCAAUGCCUUCUUGUGAUGGCAAGGCCAUGAAGGAUGAGAGAGGUCAAGAUGUGAUUCCUUGUGAGUGCAGGUUUAAGAUUUGCAGAGAUUGUUUUCUUGAUGCACAAAAGGAGACUGGUCUAUGUCCUGGUUGUAAGGAGCCUUACAAAACCGAUUUUGACGACGAUCAAGAGUACUCGACUGGAGGAUUGCCAUUGCUUGCUUCAGGGGCAGGGGAUGCUAAUAAUAUGACUAUGAUGAAGAGGAACCAAAAUGGGGAGUUUGAUCAUAACAGGUGGUUGUUCGAGACAAAAGGUACAUAUGGCUAUGGCAAUGCAUUUUGGCCUCAGGAUGAUAUGUAUGGCGAUGAUGGGGACGAGGGACUCCAUGGCGGUAUGAUGGAUAAUACGGACAAGCCUUGGAAGCCGCUCAGCCGGAAAACACCAAUCCCAGCAGGCAUUAUCAGUCCUUACAGGUUGUUGAUCGCUGUCCGGUUGGUGGUGCUUGUAUUCUUCUUGAACUGGAGAGUAAAUCAUCCAAAUGAGGAAGCAAUAUGGCUAUGGCUUAUGUCAAUUAUUUGUGAAAUAUGGUUUGCCUUCUCCUGGAUCCUUGAUCAGAUUCCCAAGCUCCACCCUGUCAACCGCACAACUGAUCUCGAGGUCCUCCAUGACAAAUUUGAUAUGCCAUCACCAUCCAAUCCCACUGGCCGCUCCGACCUCCCUGGGGUCGACCUGUUUGUGUCUACUGCAGACCCUGAGAAAGAGCCACCCCUUGUCACUGCCAACACUAUUCUAUCAAUCCUAUCCGUUGAUUAUCCUGUAGAGAAGCUAGCAUGCUAUAUUUCUGAUGAUGGAGGCGCCCUCCUCACUUUUGAGGCAAUGGCCGAAGCUUGCAGCUUUGCUGAUUUGUGGGUUCCUUUUUGUCGAAAACAUAAUAUUGAGCCAAGGAAUCCUGAUUCCUACUUCGCCUUAAAAAUUGAUCCAACAAAGAACAAAAGCAGACCGGAUUUUGUCAAGGACCGAAGAAGAAUUAAGAGGGAAUAUGAUGAGUUUAAGGUAAGGAUCAAUGGAUUACCUGAUUCGAUUAGGAGGAGAUCGGAUGCUUUCAAUGCUAGGGAAGAAAUGAAGAUGUUAAAGCACAUGAGGGAGAGUGGAGCUGAUCCUAUGGAACCAUUGAAGGUCCAAAAGGCUACAUGGAUGGCAGACGGCACUCACUGGCCAGGAACUUGGGCUGUUUCUUCCAGAGAUCAUGCUAAAGGAGACCAUGCUGGAAUUCUCCAGGUCAUGUUGAAACCUCCUAGCUGUGAUCCGCUUCUCGGGGGUACUGAUGACAAGAUAUUAGACUUCACGGAUGUGGACAUACGUCUCCCUAUGUUUGUUUAUAUGUCCCGUGAGAAGAGACCAGGUUACGACCACAAUAAGAAAGCUGGUGCCAUGAAUGCCUUGGUACGAUCAUCAGCUAUUCUGUCGAAUGGCCCUUUCAUUCUCAACUUGGACUGUGAUCACUACAUCUACAACUGCAAAGCCAUCCGUGAAGGGAUGUGCUUCAUGAUGGACAGGGGCGGUGAAAACCUUUGCUACAUUCAAUUCCCACAAAGGUUCGAAGGCAUUGAUCCUUCAGACCGGUAUGCCAACCACAACACCGUCUUCUUUGAUGGUAAUAUGCGUGCCCUUGAUGGUGUGCAGGGUCCAGUGUAUGUGGGAACUGGCUGUAUGUUUAGGAGGUUUGCGUUGUACGGGUUUGAUCCACCACAACCUGACAAGAUGACUCAGGGGAACGGCUCAGAAACACAAGCCUUGGACGCAAAAGAGUUAGAUCCUGAACUUGAUGUAAAUCUAUUGCCCAAGAGGUUUGGAAACUCUACAAUGCUAGCAGACUCUAUACUCGUUGCUGAGUUCCAGGGCCGUCCUCUCGCUGAUCAUCCUGCUGUCAAGUUUGGACGUCCUCCUGGUGCUCUCAGGAUACCCCGUGAGCCUCUUGAUGCAACUACAGUAGCUGAAGCAGUCUCCGUCAUUUCCUGUUGGUAUGAGGAUAAAACAGAAUGGGGUGACAGGGUGGGAUGGAUCUAUGGUUCUGUGACGGAAGAUGUGGUGACAGGCUACCGAAUGCACAACCGUGGGUGGCACUCAGUCUAUUGCAUAACCAAGCGUGAUGCAUUCCGAGGAUCAGCUCCAAUUAACCUCACUGAUCGACUUCACCAGGUGCUCCGGUGGGCUACAGGUUCAGUUGAGAUUUUCUUCUCCAGAAACAAUGCCCUGCUUGGUUCUAGACGUCUAAAGUUACUCCAGCGAUUGGCUUAUCUUAAUGUUGGUGUUUAUCCAUUCACGUCCAUGUUCUUGAUUGUGUACUGCUUCCUUCCUGCUCUCUCACUUAUCUCCGGACACUUCAUUGUGCAAACUCUGAGUGUUACCUUCUUGGUAUACCUGUUGGUUAUAACAAUCUGCCUCAUCAUGCUUGCGAUACUGGAAGUAAAAUGGGCCGGUGUGGGACUGGAAGAGUGGUGGAGGAAUGAACAGUUUUGGCUCAUCUCAGGAACCAGUGCUCACUUAGCAGCUGUUGUGCAAGGCCUUCUGAAAGUGAUUGCAGGAAUUGAAAUCUCUUUCACAUUGACUUCCAAAUCCGCUGGAGAGGAUGUCGAUGACAUUUACGCGGACUUGUAUCUUGUCAAAUGGACUUCAUUGAUGAUUCCACCAAUCGUUAUUGGCAUGAUAAACAUAGUUGCAAUGGCUAUUGCAUUCUCAAGAACCAUCUACAGCACAGUUCCUCAAUGGAGUAAGUUUAUGGGUGGAGCUUUCUUUAGCUUCUGGGUGCUGGCUCAUCUUUAUCCGUUUGCCAAGGGUUUGAUGGGUAGGAGAGGUAAGACACCAACCAUAGUGUUUGUCUGGUCAGGUCUCAUUGCAAUCACACUGUCGUUGCUCUGGAUCGCCAUUAAUCCGCCAAGGGAUAGCACUGCACAAGCUGAAGGACUAGGUGGAGGUUUUCAGUUCCCAUAAGAGAUAAAAUACUUAACUGGACAGAACCAGAAAUUCAUUACUUUUCCUCUUCAAGAUCAAAGUGAUGCAUUGGAACAUAAGAACCCAUUGUUGACUGGACUUAUAAUUUUGUGAGGCAACUACUGAAGAUGACUUGAUAAGAUAAAAAGUAAUGGGUAAUUGUAGAAGAUUUUACAAUUUUCUUAUUUGUUCUUUCAACUCCCAAUUGGUGUUGGAAGAUAGGAUGGUAAAAAAACAGAGAAGGGAAACACUAAAACAAUGUAAACUAUUUGUUAUUGUGUCAAUGUGAUAGUGGCUGAACGGAAGCAUUCAGUACCAAAAAGAGGAACACUAUACGGUUUAACUCCUAUGUGCAUAAAUCAAUGAAAAUAUACUUUUUUUUAUGUUUGAUAACGGAGAAUGACACCGUACAAGUUUGCCCUUUGGACAUUCAAUAUGAGUCUAAACUCGGAUCGCACAGAAAAUUUUCACCUGGUAAAUUGAACCAAAGUCCAUUCCGUGGCCACAAAAGAUAUUGCUCAGAACAAUACUCUUGAGGCGUUAAAAAGAUCAGGUGUCUGAACCAAAAUGAGUUCAAACUACACAGGUUUCAAGGGCGUAAACACAUUCCAGAAUCUAAACAUGCUUGAUGAAGCUGAUAAUCGCAAAACAGAAUUCAAUUAACCCAAAAAA